AAGGAGAGCAUGCACAUGAUCAUAAGUUAAAUGCACACACAUGUAACACCAAAUACAAUACCAAUAUCAAGUAUCAAGAGAUUCAAGACCUAUUGCUAUUCUUGAUCUCCAACGAGAAUAUAUAUAACUGUCUUUUGAAGAAACAGGACCCAACCACAAUCACUAUGCAUCAAAAACUGCUGAAAAUCCUGCAGGACUGCAAGUCUCUGAAACAACUGAAACAGAGCCACCUUCAGAUAUUCAUCCAUGGACUACAACACAGCAGCUUUUUGCUUCCCAAGCUCCUCACUCUCUCCUCGCAACUGGGUUUUCUUCAUUACGCUUAUUCCAUUUUCCAAACUUCUUGCUCCCCCAAUGUUGUGGCUUACAACACAAUCAUAAAAUGCUUCAUAGGAAAGACCCGAGUAGACGCAUUGCGAGUCUACGAUCAAAUGAAGACGUUAAGGAUUGUGCCGAAUGGUUAUACUUUCACUUUUCUUCUCAGGUGUUUUGAAUCUUUUGAGGCCCUUGAGGAUGGGAAAGUGGUUCAUGGUGACAUUGUCAAGCUUGGUUUCGGCUCCAGCGUCUUUGUUCAGAACACCCUUUUGGAUUUCUACGCCAAAUGUGCAGGCGGUUUUGAGUUUGGUUCUGCACGCCAGGUGUUUGAUGAAAUGGCCGAGAGAGAUGUGGUCUCUUGGAAUUCCAUGAUUGCUGCUUACAUGACUCGUGGUAGGAUAGAGCCUGCAAUGAGGUUGUUUCAUUCGGUGCCGAAGAAGAACAUUGUGACAUGGAACUCUGUUGUUUCUGGUCUUUCCAAGGCCGGAAACAUGGAGUUGGCGCAUUCGGUUUUUGAGGAAAUGCCAGAAAGAAAUGAUGUUUCCUGGAAUUCAUUGAUCACUGCUUAUAUGCGGUUGGGUGAUAUGAGCUCAGCUCGGUGUCUGUUUGAACAAAUGCCGGAGAAAACAGUGGUUUCUUGGACCGCCAUGGUGUCUGGAUACACCGCCAUUGGAGAUGUUGAAUCAGCCAGGAACUUGUUCAGUCAGAUGCCGGUUAAAAAUGUUGUAUCGUGGAAUGCUAUGAUUGCAGGUUAUGUUCAUAACCACAUGUUUGAUCAAGCUCUUUCUGUUUUCCGUGAGAUGUUGAUAGAUGGCAAGUGCAGGCCUGAUCAGAGUACUUUGAUCAGUGUACUAUCGGCAUGUACUCACUUGGGUUCUCUUGAACAUGGAAAAUGGAUCGAGUCUUAUGUUAAGAGAAACAAGUUUGACAUGUCUGUACCUUUAGGAAAUGCUCUAAUAGACAUGUAUGCAAAGUGUGGAGAUGUAGAAAAUGCAAAAGCUGUUUUUGAUGAGAUGGAACAAAGAUGUAUAAUUACAUGGACGACAAUGGUUUCAGGUCUAGCUGUUAAUGGGUGGUGCAGGGAAGCAUUAGCUCUCUUUGAAACAAUGUGUUUAAGCGGACAUAAACCAGAUGAUGUGAUUUUCAUUGUGGCUUUAUCAGCUUGCACUCAUGGAGGGCUGGUAGACGAGGGCAAAAUAAUUUUUUAUCAGAUGGAACACGAGUUUGACAUCAAGCCCCGAAUAGAGCAUUAUGGGUGCAUGGUUGAUCUUCUAGGUAGAGCUGGGAAGUUGGAAGAAGCACUCAGGUUUGUAGAAAACAUGCAUUUGGAGCCAAAUGCUGUAAUUUGGGCCAGUCUACUGGGUUCCUGUAAGAUUCAUGGAAAUGGAGAUCUGGUGGAGUCUGUAACCAGGCGGAUUAUAGAGCAGGAACCGGAAAAUCCCAGCUAUUUAACUCUAGUUUCCAAUUUGAGUGCAUCAGUCGGACAGUGGAAAGAUGUGCUGAUCUAUCGGCAAGUUAUGAGACAACAGGGGAUAGAAAAGGUUCCUGGUUGUAGCUCAAUCCAAAUGGGGAACAAGAUAGAUGAAUUUCUUGCCCACGAUACAAGACAUGAGGAAAGAAAAGAAAUUUAUGGAGUUUUGAAUUGUUUAAAUGAACAGGUGUCAGCAGUUUCUGAUGGGCUAUGAACAUAUGACAAUGGUCUCGUACACAAUGAUCCACCCUAUGCGAUGUAUGGGAAGAAAUAUUAAUGAUAUAAAGGAGUGGCACUGUAUGUGAAUGCCCCAAGCAAUUCUGGCCAAUCUUCUGAAGAUCAGACUUGAAGAUAGAAUCAGAAAAGCACAUUAUGAAAUACAUCAACUUCGUGUAGCAGCAAGAAACAUGUCUUGUGAAAGAACAGGUAUUGGAACAAAUUCUUUUGUCAGUGAUUGGAAGCAACACUCUGAUAAGGCAAAUAUAUCUUUACAGAAGAAAGGGUUGAAGCAGUGGAAGGAUGAUAAUGAAGCUAACAGGCAGUGUGUUCUUUCAUCAAUGAGACGUCUACCAUGGUCCACAGCCUUGGGAGCAGUGGGACUGCAAUAGCUUUAGAUUGAAUACUAAUAAGUUUUGUGGAGCGGCCGAUCAUUACUGUACUAAUGCUUGGCCGCUUACAAAAUCCCUCCUUCUGAGCCGGCCACCAGAUAAAAUAACAGUGAACACUUUGUGCAAUUGAGAACAAGUAAGUUCAGAUGUUCAUGAAUUAGUUUUGGGAUAUACGUCAAUUGUAUAUUUUUCUCCCUCCCUUUCUCUCGUUCUCCUCUGUACAAGAUGGUGAUUGACAUACAAAUUGUUUUUGUCUAUCAAAUUAAUGUUGGAGAAACUCUAAUUUUCCUCAGGUUUGCAGGGCUUUCUUUUGGUGUCAUUGCAGUAAUUAUUUAGUUCCAAUCCAACGUUGAUGUGUAUACAUUAGACUGCAAAUAGGUGUUUUUAUUUUUAUUUUUUUAUAUUGUGAUAAGUAGAGAAGCUUGGAUUAACGUGCAAGUUUUAUACCGUAUUUGUCUAACAUUUCUUUGAUGGAGUGACAAAUGACGAUAGAUGUCUUAAAUUUUUAAGUCUCCAAAAUUUGGGUAGUCUGGUAGAACAUUUCUUAACUCAGUAAAUAUCUGCUUUGCUAAUCAGUUUAUAUUUUUGUGUUCAGAGUCACAAUGAUCCUCAAACAAAAAGAAAAGGUCAAGGAUGCAUAUGUUCUUUACUUUAUGUAAAGCUUCAUUCCAAAUUAAGUAGGUCCUUUGGGUGGCAAAAUUGCAUUUGCUUUAUACUUCUGGCAAGAUGUGAUGUUUCACUCCACCGAAUCCUAUUUUCUAACUUUAAAUUAUCCACACUUAGGUUUUUAGAGAAAAUAAAUGAAGCAUAAUAAUCAACAAUGUCAAGAUUAAUGUACUGAUUUGCAAUAGGUAGACAUUCUUCCUUGCUUGCGCAAAUACAAGAUAGCUUACAGGCUUAUAACUUAUUUAUUCUAGUGUGCAUAUUUGGUCAAAAUUGAUGGUUUUUCUUUUCGUGAGUGAUUUGUCUUAUGAGCAGACUAUACUGAAUCUCAUUGUAAUGCAGGUCAAACUGCUUAUGCAAUAUGAUGUGUUUCCACUACUAUGGAAGGAUGUGAUGCAUAAUCAUGCAUUAGCAUUACUUGAUUAUAUUCAUUAUGUUCAUUACUUGUUUCAUUAAUUAUGCAAUAUGAUGUGUUUCCACCGGAAUGGAAGGAUGUGAUGUAUUAGCAUUACUUGCUUAUAUUUGUUAUGAUCAGUACUUGUUUCGUUAAUUAGUGCCACGCAUUCUGAAU